AUGCAUUGGUCUUCUCAAUUGCUACUUGUUGGGCUUGCCGCAACCUCAUAUGCUGGUGGUGUUGGGGCCUCUUCAGCAAUUCCGGACUACUUUCAGACAAGCUUUGGUCCAUAUGCCGGUCCCACAAAAGCUGGAGAGGCUCCUUUUCUAGCCCAGGCCACUCUGCUUGCUCCUGAAUACCACUCCUAUAAGCCCAACACCCCGGUGGUGACUGACGUUCCUAUAUUUGGGGGCCCAAAAGAUGCGGAAAUCUUUAAACACAUGGGCAAUAUAUCGCCCUAUUUGCCUAAUCCCUCGGGAUUCGGAAUCGACGAAUAUCCACUUCCUUCUGGCACUAAUAUCACACAGAUGCAUAUGGUUCAUCGCCACGGAUCUCGGUAUCCUACCAGUGACGCGUCUGUAGCCACUGUUUCUGAUCGGAUCACUGAGCUUCGGGGAAAUGGGACGAAUUUCACAGGUGACUUGUCGUUCCUCAAUGACUGGACUUAUCAGCUUGGAGAAGAAGAGUUGACAGCUCUUGGGCGUCAGCAGCUUUUCGACAGUGGCGUCCUCCAUUGGUUCAAUUAUGGCAGAUUAUACGAUCCAUCUAGACCACUCAUUUCUCGCACCACGACCCAAGUUCGAAUGCUUCAAUCCGCUGAGAACUUUCUUAAUGGAUUCUUUGGCCCGGAUUGGACUCGGAACGUCACAUUAGAGGUUAUCACGGAACAUCCUGGCUUCAACAACUCUCUAGCCAGCGACAAAGAGUGCACAAAUCACAACAACGGCAAAUCGUCCGCCGGCGAUGAUGCCUCCACUCAAUGGCAAGAGAUAUAUCUUGAAAAAGCAACUCGGCGGUUUCGCCAAUCGAUGACUGGAAACCAAAACUGGACAACUUCUGACACUUAUAAUUUACAAACUUUAUGUCCUUAUGAGACUGUUGCAUUAGGCUUUAGUCACUUCUGCUCCCUUUUUACCUGGGACGAGUGGCUCGGCUUUGAGUACGCCAAUGACUUGAGUUACUACGGAGGGAAUGGAUUUGCGUCACCCACAGGCCGUGCUGUUGGGGUGGGAUACGUUGAAGAGCUUAUUGCGCGACUGCAGCAACAUUAUCCUUAUCCGGAUGAGAAUUCCAUCGCUAUCAAUAAGACUUUAGACGAUAAUGCUACGACAUUCCCUUUGAACCAGACCUUGUAUCUCGACUUUAGUCAUGAUACCAACAUAUUUUCUAUUUUGACCGCUCUUGGCCUCAAACAAUUUGCUGAGUUCCUUCCUAUCUCCGGUCCACCACCCAAUCGCCAGCUCAUCGUGAGCCAUAUAGUUCCGUUCGCAGGUCGAUUCAAUAUCGAAGUAAUUAAAGCGCCAAGGCCCGUGCUUGCCAAACGGCCCCAUGGCUCUCAAGCUUCUGCAUAUGACCUUAAUGGCACUGAGACUACAUAUGUUCAUAUGCUGAUGAACCAAAGAACAAUCCCUCUUGGACAGAGUAUCGCUGAGUGUGGCCAGCGCGAUGACGGGUGGUGUGAGCUGCAAGCAUUCAUCAACGUUCAAAAAGAAAAUAUUAUAAAGGCAAACUUCGAUGAGAGUUGCUUCGGUAACUAUUCAACUCCGAAAUAUGGAAGUGUCUCCACUGGUACUGUCUGA